CCCGCGAUCUCGUAGCUCCCCCUCCCUUCCCUCUGCCUCCCGGGCUCCGGCUGCAGCGUCAGCCUCGGUCCGGCCUCUGUGGCUGCCGCGGCCCCGAUCCCUCGGCUUCAGCCCCUGCGUCCCUUGGCGCCUCUCGGCCCCGAUCCGCAGCGCCGCCCAUCCUCGCCCCCCCGGCGCCGGCCUAGGCCGCGGCCGCAGCCCCGCGCUAGCGUCGGCGCCGCCCGCUCCCGGCCCGCCCCCUAUGGGCCCCGGCUAGAGGCGCCGCCACCGCCGGCCCUCGGAUCCCCGAUGCUGGCCCGGAGGAAGCCGGUGCUGCCGGCGCUCACCAUCAACCCCGCCAUCGCCGAGGGCCCGUCCCCCACCAGCGAGGGCGCCUCCGAAGCAAGCUUGGUGGACCUGCAGAAGAAGCUAGAGGAGCUAGAACUUGACGAGCAGCAGAAGAAGAGGCUGGAAGCCUUCCUCACCCAGAAGGCCAAGGUCGGGGAGCUCAAGGACGAUGACUUUGAAAGGAUCUCGGAGCUGGGCGCCGGGAACGGUGGGGUGGUCACCAAGGUCCAGCACAGACCCUCGGGCCUCAUCAUGGCAAGAAAGCUGAUCCACCUGGAGAUCAAGCCAGCCAUCCGGAACCAGAUCAUCCGUGAGCUGCAGGUGCUGCAUGAGUGUAACUCCCCGUACAUCGUGGGCUUCUACGGGGCCUUCUACAGCGACGGCGAGAUCAGCAUCUGCAUGGAGCACAUGGAUGGUGGCUCCCUGGACCAGGUGUUGAAAGAAGCCAAGAGAAUCCCCGAAGAGAUCCUGGGGAAGGUCAGCAUCGCGGUUCUGCGGGGCCUGGCGUAUCUCCGGGAGAAGCACCAGAUCAUGCACCGAGAUGUGAAGCCAUCCAACAUCCUCGUCAACUCCCGAGGGGAGAUCAAGCUGUGCGACUUUGGGGUGAGCGGGCAGCUCAUCGACUCCAUGGCCAACUCCUUCGUGGGGACGCGGUCCUACAUGUCUCCGGAGCGGCUGCAAGGCACUCACUACUCAGUGCAGUCAGACAUCUGGAGCAUGGGCCUGUCCCUGGUGGAGCUGUCCAUUGGAAGGUACCCCAUCCCCCCGCCGGACGCCAAGGAGCUGGAGGCCAUAUUUGGCCGGCCCAUGGUCGACGGCGCGGAAGGAGAGCCUCACAGCAUCUCGCCGCGGCCGAGACCCCCCGGACGCCCCAUCAGCGGUCAUGGGAUGGACAGCCGGCCGGCCAUGGCAAUCUUUGAGCUGCUGGACUACAUCGUGAACGAGCCUCCUCCCAAGCUGCCCAAUGGCGUCUUCACCCAGGACUUCCAGGAGUUUGUAAAUAAAUGCCUCAUUAAGAACCCAGCGGAGCGAGCAGAUCUGAAGAUGCUCAUGAACCACGCCUUCAUCAAGCGGUCCGAGGUGGAAGAAGUGGAUUUUGCCGGCUGGUUGUGUAAAACGCUGCGGCUGAACCAGCCCAGCACGCCCACGCGCACCGCCGUCUGACCCGCUCCCCCUCCCGCCCCUCCCGCUGCACCCUCCGCGGGGAUGCGCGUGUGGCCCUCGGGCCCGGGGAGGCCGACGCCGCUGUGCUGUCUUCUCAGAACCUGCUUCCUUAGGUUUAAAGAAAAAAACCGAAACAAAACAGGGAAAGAAAACGCAAA